CACACUAUUGUAGAAAGUCCGACGUUAUAGUUUGUUGUCAGCCCGCUGUAAAUUUUGUAAAUUACUCUCUUGAAUCUCGCAAAUCGGCGGGUUUCGCUAAUUAGGGCCUUCGGUCAAGGUGUAAGGCUUCGGUGUGCCGAGGAUGUGAACCGCUCCCAUCUCCCAGACUUUUCAAAAUCAGGCUCCCAAGGAGCACCUCGAAUAGAAUCAAAAAGCAACAGGCCAAAAAUUUCGCAGGCCUUAAUUAGCGAAAAGCCAACAGUGCAAGUGACAGAUUAGCAACUGCUGUGUAUGUGUGGUUUCCUUUCCCUGGGACAAUGCGCGCCACAAUUGAGUUCGAGGAGUGUCUGAAGGAUUCCCCUAAAUUCAGGCAAUUCGUGUCCAAGGAGGAGAGCGACAUCGAGCACUUGGAGCAGCGGCUGGAGAAAAUCAUCAAGCUGUGCAAUGUGGCUGUCGAAUCGGGCAAGGAAUAUGUCAAGAACCAGAGCGCCUUUGCCAUGUCCUUGUGGGAUCUGCAGCAGCACUUCCUCGACAACAAAAACGCUCACAACGCGCUGGGCAAGCUCAUCGACUGCUUCCAGGAGAUGAACAAGUUCCACACGAUUCUAUUGGAUCAGGCUAGUCGAACGGUGCUGAAGAACCUCACAUUGUUUGUGAAGGACGACAUCAACCAGGUGAAGGACUACAAGGGACAUUUCCUCAAGGUUUCCGAGGGCUAUGACAAUGCGUUGAUUAAAAAUGCACAGGCGAGUAAGAACCGGCCCCAGGAAAUGCAAGAGGCAGCCAAUAUCCUCUCGGCCUCGAAGUCCUGCUUCCAGCACACCGCUUUGGACUAUGUCAACUAUAUAACUUUGGCGCAGGCUCGCAAGGUCCCAUCCAUAUUGUCGACGCUGCUGGACUACUAUCAGGCGUGCGUGACCUACUACCAUCAGGGCUUCGACCUGUGCAACGACUUUGACGAGUUCUUUAAGAACAUCAGCGAGGAUUUGGGUACACUACGAGGCGAUUACCACCAGCUGGAGAAGGCCAUGCAGAAUCGGCAUAUGAGCGUGAAUCGCUACUGCGACUCCAACACAAACAGCACGUCCAACAAAAUCGAGGGCUAUCUGUUCAAGAAGAAGUCCAAGGGUUUCAAGACCUGGUGCCGACGAUGGUUCUACCUCAGCGACAACCAACUGGUGUACAGUGAUUUGGAUUCGCAUUGCAGAAAACGCAGCAACGAGGACUCGUUCUCGGUCAUGGAGGAGGACCUGCGUAUAUGUAGUGUGCGGCCGGUGAACGAAGGCGAUCGCCGCUUUUGCUUUGAGGUCAUCUCCCCCACCAAAUCCCACAUCUUGCAGGCCGACUCGGCGGACAUGCUCUCUCUGUGGAUCUCGGCUUUGCAGCACAGCAUCGGAGCAGCCAUUCAGCACGACUCAACCCACCACCAUUCGCGGCCUCAGUCCACAGCCACACCAAACGCCCUGCCCGCAAAGCGUAGAAUCCACUGGGAGGAGUUCCUUAAGAUACCGGGCAACGCUCAGUGUUGCGACUGCCGCAGUCCCAAUCCGCGCUGGGCCUCCAUUAACCUGGGCAUCACGCUAUGCAUCGAAUGUUCCGGCGUGCAUCGCAGUCUGGGCGUCCACUACAGCAAGGUGCGCUCUCUGACGCUGGACGCAUGGGAGACGGAGAACGUCAAGGUGAUGAUGGAGCUGGGAAACGAGGUGAUCAACAAGAUAUACGAGGCACGCGUUGGCGAGAACUGCGAUCUCCGGCAACCGACAGAGCAGUGCGGCAUCGGAGUACGGGAGGCCUGGAUUAAGGCCAAGUACGUGGAGCGUCGUUUUGUCUGCGGAAUGCCCAAGCCCCAGGAGCUCCUGGCCAGCGAGACGGCCGAAGUGCUCAGCAUAAGUAGCGGUAUGCUGGAAGAGGGCGACACAAACGUUAAGAAGCGGGCGACACUAUCGCUAGGCGGUACACGUAAAUGGUCGGUGAAGAAGUUCCGAAGGAGGCGACAGCAACGUCCCCUUCCCAAAACCCUGAGCGACGAUCCAAGCAUCUAUAAUACGUGCAAAACUGGCGAUGAAUUGGACGAUGACGACGAUGACGAAUCCAUAAACAUUCCCUCGAUGUCGCUAAGCAUUUCUCGUGAUGAUUUGCUGGUAAUUGGUGAUGACUUGGCGCUGGACACCUUUGAGACGCCGUGCAUUUUGGGCAGUGAUCAGGAGAGUACAGAGGGUGAGUCCGAUCCGGAUGUUCCCGACGAGAUGCCCUUCUCCCAGCUGGACGCAAAUCAGUUGCUCUACAAGGCCUCAGUGGCGCACAACCUGCCGGUGAUGUGCAUGGCCUUUGCCUUGGGUGCUGACAAAAACUGGAAGAAUCCCCUGGACAGGCAGCGGUCGUUCCUCCACCAAGCGGUCAUAUCUGGAUCAGUAAUGGCUUGUGAAUACCUGCUGUUGAACGGAGCUGCGAUCGAUGCUGUCGAUGAGCUGGGCUACACGGCACUGCAUAUAUCCACGGCCAAAGGACACAUUGCCCAGGUGUACUUGCUGCUGAAGCACAAGGCCGCCUAUGAUCUGGCCUCCAGUGACGGCAAGAAGGCCUUAGACAUUGCGGUGGAUCAAGAAAACGCUGACAUCGUAACGCUUCUUCGAUUGACGCGGCUAAAUGACGAGAUUGGUCCCAACGACGAGUUCAAUGGCGAGGAUGAGACGUACAGGGACGUCAUGAAGGACUUCUCCAACUUUGCAUCCAGCCAGCCACGCAUGCUGAGGCAGCGAAAUGACUCAAACACCCUGGAGUCGCAGCGCAGCUCCCUCACCAAUUCAGACUAGCAGCGACCGAAGAAAUAUGAUUAGAGAGGGGCUACUCGUUAUUUUGAAUAACUGCAUCGAUUAGUAAGCUAGGUUUAUUAUUGGA